ACUUCUCAUUCAUAAACACUCCCUCUCCGUUGCCUUACUCCUCACCCAUUACCUCCAUUCCCCUCCACCAAUGGAAGCCAGCGCUGGACUUGUCGCCGGCUCUCACAACCGCAAUGAACUUGUUGUCAUUCAUGGCCAUGAAGAGCCUAAACCUCUGAAGAACCUGGAUGGUCAAGUGUGCGAGAUUUGUGGUGAUGAGAUCGGGCUGACAGUAGAUGGAGAUCUUUUUGUGGCCUGCAACGAAUGUGGUUUCCCAGUUUGUAGACCUUGCUAUGAGUAUGAAAGGAGGGAAGGGACUCAACAGUGUCCUCAGUGCAAAACUAGAUACAAGCGUCUCAAAGGGAGUCCUAGGGUGGAGGGAGAUGAAGAUGAAGAGGAUGUGGAUGAUAUCGAACAUGAAUUUAACAUUGAUGAUGAACAGAACAAGCAUAGGAAUGUGGCAGAAUCGAUGCUGCAUGGCAAGAUGAGCUAUGGAAGAGGCCCUGAAGAUGAAGAAAGUCCUCAAAUCCCACCAGUUAUAACUGGUGUCCGAUCCAGACAGGUGAGUGGGGAAUUCCCCAUAGGAGGCGCUCUUGCUUAUGGGGAGAACAUGUCAAAUUCUUCGCUUCAUAAACGAGUGCACCCGUAUCCAAUGUCUGAACCUGGAAGUGCAAGGUGGGAUGAAAAGAAAGAGGGAGGAUGGAAAGAAAGGAUGGAUGAUUGGAAGAUGCAGCAAGGGAAUCUGGGUCCUGAAACUGAUGACGCCAAUGACCCUGACAUGGCCUUGCUUGAUGAAGCUAGGCAGCCACUGUCAAGGAAGGUGCCAAUAGCAUCCAGCAAGAUCAAUCCUUAUCGUAUGGUGAUUGUGGCCCGUCUAGUUAUCCUGGCUUUCUUCCUCCGCUAUCGAAUUUUGAACCCGGUCCAUGAUGCAAUUGGGCUGUGGCUAACUUCUGUCAUCUGUGAAAUCUGGUUUGCCUUUUCUUGGAUCCUUGAUCAGUUCCCUAAGUGGCUCCCUAUUGAUCGUGAGACCUAUCUUGAUCGUCUUUCCCUCAGGUAUGAGAGGGAAGGUGAGCCCAAUAUGCUUGCUCCUGUAGAUAUCUUUGUCAGUACGGUCGAUCCCAUGAAGGAACCCCCUCUUGUUACAGCUAAUACAGUUCUAUCGAUCUUGGCUAUGGACUACCCAGUGGAUAAGAUCUCUUGCUACAUUUCUGAUGAUGGUUCUUCCAUGCUCACCUUUGAAGCAUUGUCCGAAACAGCUGAAUUUGCUAGAAAAUGGGUGCCAUUCUGCAAGAAGUUUGCUAUAGAGCCCCGAGCUCCUGAGAUGUACUUCACUUUAAAGGUUGAUUAUCUCAAGGACAAAGUCCAACCCACAUUUGUUAAGGAGCGCCGAGCUAUGAAGAGAGAAUAUGAAGAAUUCAAGGUUAGGAUUAAUGCACUUGUAGCAAAAGCCCAGAAGGUUCCUACAGAGGGCUGGAUCAUGCAAGAUGGGACACCAUGGCCAGGAAACAAUACUAAAGAUCACCCUGGUAUGAUUCAAGUAUUUCUUGGCCAAAGUGGAGGCCAUGAUACCGAAGGAAACGAGCUUCCUCGCCUUGUUUACGUAUCUCGAGAGAAAAGGCCGGGUUUUCUGCAUCACAAGAAAGCCGGAGCCAUGAAUGCCCUUGUUCGCGUCUCUGGUGUGCUUACAAAUGCUCCUUUUAUGCUGAACUUGGAUUGUGAUCAUUACAUAAACAACAGCAAGGCUGUAAGAGAGGCUAUGUGUUUCUUGAUGGACCCUCAAAUUGGAAGAAAGGUCUGCUAUGUCCAAUUCCCUCAAAGAUUCGAUGGUAUUGAUAGGCACGAUCGAUAUGCCAAUAGAAACACAGUUUUCUUUGAUAUUAACAUGAAAGGUCUAGAUGGUAUUCAAGGCCCUGUAUAUGUCGGCACAGGAUGUGUUUUCAGAAGGCAAGCUCUCUAUGGUUAUGAACCUCCCAAGGGCCCUAAGCGCCCAAAGAUGGCAAGCUGUGGUUGCUGCCCUUGCUUUGGACGCCGCAGAAAGGAUAAGAAGCAUUCUAAGAACGGCGGAAAUGCAACUGGGCCAAGCCUGGAGGGUGCAACGGAGGAUGAUAAGGAGUUAUUGAUGUCCCAGAUGAACUUUGAAAAGAAAUUUGGACAGUCAGCCAUUUUUGUGACUUCAACCCUGAUGGAACAAGGUGGUGUCCCUCCUUCCUCAAGCCCUGCGGCCCUGCUUAAAGAAGCCAUUCAUGUAAUUAGUUGUGGCUAUGAAGACAAAACAGAAUGGGGUAGUGAGCUUGGCUGGAUUUAUGGCUCAAUUACAGAGGAUAUUCUAACAGGUUUCAAGAUGCACUGCCGUGGAUGGAGGUCUAUAUACUGCAUGCCGACGUUGCCUGCAUUCAAAGGUUCAGCUCCCAUCAAUCUCUCAGAUCGUCUCAACCAAGUCCUUCGGUGGGCGCUUGGUUCUGUUGAAAUUUUCUUUAGUCGUCACUGCCCUGCAUGGUAUGGCUUCAAGGGAGGAAAUCUCAGGUGGCUUGAGCGAUUUGCAUAUGUCAACACAACCAUCUACCCCUUCACGUCCUUACCACUCCUUGCCUAUUGUACCCUUCCAGCAAUCUGUUUGCUUACAGAUAAAUUCAUAAUGCCACCGAUAAGCACCUUUGCAAGUCUACUCUUCAUUGCCCUGUUUCUUUCAAUCUUUGCAACUGGUAUUCUAGAGCUAAGGUGGAGUGGAGUGAGCAUUGAGGAAUGGUGGAGAAACGAGCAAUUUUGGGUCAUUGGUGGUAUUUCAGCCCAUCUGUUUGCUGUUGUCCAAGGUCUGCUGAAGGUUCUAGCUGGUAUUGAUACUAAUUUCACUGUCACAUCCAAGGCAACAGAUGAUGAGGAGUUCGGAGAAUUGUACGCCUUCAAAUGGACAACCCUCCUGAUUCCUCCAACCACUGUCUUAAUCAUCAACCUAGUUGGAGUUGUUGCAGGCGUGUCAGAUGCCAUAAACAAUGGAUACCAAUCUUGGGGACCUCUCUUUGGAAAGCUCUUCUUCUCCUUCUGGGUGAUUGUACAUCUCUAUCCGUUCCUUAAAGGUCUCAUGGGGAGGCAGAACAGGACACCAACCAUUGUUGUUAUAUGGUCAGUGCUAUUGGCUUCAAUCUUCUCCCUGCUUUGGGUCCGAAUUGAUCCAUUUGUGUUGAAAACCAAGGGACCUGACACGACCCAAUGCGGCAUCAACUGCUGAAAAAUUUGUUUUCCCUAUCUUUUUGAUGCGUGGCUCUCAAGAUUAUACAUGUACAUUCUUGCUCUUACGAGUAUGUGGUAUGUGAUGUAUGAAACAAGCAAAAUGGAGAUGAACAACAAAGAAUAAAAUUAGAGUGAAAAUUUUUUGUUUAGUGCUAUGCAUUGUACCAAGUUUUGUCAUUGAAUUGAAAAUAGUUCUACUUUGUGAUCA